AUGCCAGCGAGCAGUCUGGCAGGCUCCCUGUCUCAGAACGCCGUCGGGACGGCAACGGUUGUUAUCGAAAGCAUUCUCCUGGUUUUGGUCUUUUUGUCCAUUGGACUACGGCUGUGGAGUAGAGUGCUGCUUCAGAUGCGGCUGGAAGCAAACGAUUAUCUGAUUCUGGUUGCCGCAAUCUUGAUGACUUCACGCUAUGGCGUUGAAAUGACCACAGUUAUUAAAUGUGGCCAGGGACUCCACCAGGAAUAUGUUAAAGCAACAGCGGGAAGUGAGAUGAUUACACUCUUCCUCAAGCUUGUAUAUGUCCUCGAUCUCCAUUGGUUGACCCUCGUGACGCUGAUAAAACUCUCUAUCUUACACUUCUACUCGGUCGUCUUUCGAAAGGAUCUCUUUGCCAAGGCAGUAUAUGGUGCAAUGGCCAUAGUUAUUGCGUACUGGAUCGGAACGUUCUGGGCUGAUGCAUUCCUGUGCGAUCCGCCGAGGAAAGCUUGGGAUGUGGCGAUACCCGGCAAAUGUGGGAACGCCAAUAUGAUGUACACGGCCAUGGCUUCAGCAGAUCUGAUCAUAGAUAUCAUCGUGAUUCUACUCCCGAUGCCUAUUCUGUGGACAUUGCAGCUCAGGACCUCCAAAAAGAUUUUGCUUACAGCCAUUUUUGGACUGGGGUUCAUGUAUGAAUUCCACACCUGUUACGAGUACGCCGUAAUGAAACUGACCGCGACAAGUAUCAUCGGCAUCACAUGUGUUCGAAUCAAGUACAUGCUCGAGCUCGACCCCACCGACAUCACAUACACAUUCGCGCCGUUAGCACUGAUUGCGGCAAUCGUGCCUCUACUUGGAAUCAUCAACGCGUCUUUGCCGACUAUGCGACCCGCUCUUGAAAGAAUAUUCGGACCCAAGUGGAGGUUUGGGAGCAGUGGUGGCAGCAGCGGACGUCGACGCUGGUACAAAUACAAUUCGCGAGACCCCCGCCAUCUGUCUGGGACAGAGGAAAACAACAAUCAGAGAAGAGACUCUGAAACGGAACUCGUCACUAUUGGAGGCACAGUCUAUGACCCAAGAGCCCAAGCACGACCAGGCCGCAUACAGGUUACAAGAGAUUGGGAUGUGAGUUCGGCUCACUCCAGUCGGGAGGGGGACAAAGGGGCGAACGUCGGCGCCUAG